AUGGGAGGCAAGAAUAAGAAGAAGGGCGCCUCCGGCGCCGAUGGGGUGGCCAGUUCCAGCAAGAAAAAGAAGGGACGCGGCGGCAUGAGCGACAAGCAAGAAGAGAACAAGGCCAGAACCUUGGAGGACCUUAACUCUUCCUCAGCUUGGGAUCGAGAUGAUGCCGAAGACGAUGCGACACGCGAACCGGAUGACGUUGCCGAAACUUCCGAAGAGCCCAUCGAAUCCACUCCGACUAUAGAACAGGCACAGGAUAUCACUGAAACUGAGCCAGUCAAGAACGACGACCCGCAGGACGAGCUUCCACAGCAAGAGCCCGAUGUCGCCGAGUCUGAGAUACCUUGGACUACGACGCCGUCAACGCGAAAGAAUAAGGCAAGCAACGUUUCAGACGCUGCAGAUGUCUCUAGUGAUACCCUUCCGAGCAGCCAAGCCCCUACCGAAUCAUGGUCUUUUGGUGAGAAAGGCGUCGCAGAUGUUGCGAAGUCUCAAGAUGCUGGGCAACUCCAAGAUGCUGAGCAGCUCCACGAUACCACAAACUUUGAAGACGAUCUAGGCGAUAAGCUCAAGCAUCUUUCGCUCGAAAAACAGACAUCAAAAGAAGAAGCUGAAGUAACAGAUGGCGAAGAGAAGCAGGGCGCAAUCGUUUCAGCUGACAACGUUGUGUGCCGGCCAAAGAUUGAGGAUGAAGCAGCACCUGAAAAUCUUAGCGACGAGUCAUCAGCUCCUCUCGAAGCUCAUCGGGCGCUGUCACCGCCGCCUCUCAAAGCACAGCUUGAAGAACCCCAUGAGCCUACCGAGAAUCUGGGGAACAAAGCACGAGCGUCGUCCGAAUUGCCUGUCCAAAAGCCGAAGCCCAACGAUCGACUUGUACCACCUACUCAGGAAAUCGUAAAGCAGCCUGCGACUGCACGAACCCUUGCUGAUAAGCCACAACUGCCGAGUCGACUUAUGGCUCAGCAAGCGGAACACCACUCGGAAGAUCCAACGUGCCUGCAACGCCUCCGGUUCGACCAACUCCAGAUCAACGCAGAUCACCUCGACCAAUCCUAA